ACACACGAACAUACUACACCUGCAGAGGACUUUUGUUUGUCCGCGAUGUGACGGAAUAAUUCGCUUUUGAAAUUUAAUUUUGAUCGAAGGAAAAGUGUUCAACAAGGUGUCUCAUUUCGAAAACCUGUCACAGAUGACUUCCAAAAUGGAUUCCAAGGGUGAACAGAAGAUCCCAGUUGAUAUUCUGUAUGACCUUAUCAGCCGAUUCGUCAUCAAUAUUCCAGAGGAUGAACGUAAGAACAUGGUUCGAAUAUGUUUCCAAAUAGAGAUCGCCCAUUGGUUCUACUUGGACUUCUAUUGCACUGAAGAAAACCCACACCUCAAAACUUGCAGUAUGAAAGAGUUUACAAUCAUGAUUUUAAAGCAUAUUCCGGAUCUGAAACAUCAUCUUAAAAAUGUAGAAUCUAUUUUAAUGGAAUGGAGGGAGUAUAAGAGAGCUGUACCCACUUACGGUGCCAUUGUCUUAGACGAAGACCUGUCUCAUGUUCUGUUGGUUCAAAGCUUUCUAGCAAAGUCGUCUUGGGGGUUUCCUAAGGGAAAAGUAAAUGAGGAAGAACCUCCUCUUAGAUGUGCUGUGAGAGAGGUAUUUGAAGAAACAGGUUUUGAUAUAAGUGGCCUUAUAGAUGAAAAAGAAUACAUCGAAAUUACGUGGAAUGAGCAAGUGACAAGACUUUACCUCAUCCCUGGUGUAGAUAGAGCCACUGUUUUUCGCCCUCGAACUCGAAUGGAAAUUAAAGCUGUCGAAUGGUUUCCUUUAGCUGAUCUGCCCACAGACCGAAAGAAAAACACAAAAGAUGCUACUACUCCAAAGACUAGAAAAGGACCAACAAAUCCUAAUAAUUUCUUCAUGGUUCUACCUUUUGUCAAGAGGAUACGCCAAUGGGUCAAUCAGAAACAGCCAAGGAGACAGCGCCACAAGUCUGUCACUGAUGCAGACAUGCUUGGACGCCAACACCGCAAAUCAACUUGUGAAAAUGGUGACCAACCAAAGCAAAUGACUCAACAGCAGAUGUUUGCUGCAUCCCUCCAAGCUGAAGUUCAAGAAAACAAUCUUCUAAGAAUGCAGAGGGCUGUCAGUACUGGCCCCUUACACACUCCCUUAAGUGCGCCCCCACGCCCUCAAGCCCAGAAUAGAAGAGACAAGACGUCUAUCAAACGCCAACUUUUUACUGGUGAUGAAGAUAAAAAUGGUGUGAUUCCGAAGUCUCAACAGAAUGGGAGAACAAAGAAUGGUUUGACAUCCAGGCAAAAUGGUACUGCCCCCUUUUUAGCUAGAGCUUGGAACAAUUUUAAAUUUGACAGAGCUCCAAUAUAUGCUGCUGUUCAGUCACCUUUGAGAUCUGCUGGCAUUCCCGUCAGCUAAAACAAAUGUACUGGUACUCACCUCAACAAAUCAUGCCGUCUCUUUACACCUUUGGUGUAGGCCUCUGUUAAUUAUUCUGUGAAUGAGCAUCCCACCUUUGCCUCUAAAUGUCCUGUACAUGUAGCCAAAGUAUCAAAGUGCAUCCCUUAGCUUUAUCCCUAGUAUUUCUGUUGUUGGCAUUUCAUUACUCUUUGUUUUUUCUGUCUUAAUUUAGAUUUUCACUUUCAUAAGAUCUUUUAAAAGGCAUUGAUAUUAUUCUGUUUCCUUUUAUCAAGCAAAUUUUGAGGUUUUCAAAAUAAUUGUACAUUUAUUUGAAUGUAUAAUAUUAAUACUGUUGGAUACAUGUUUUAUGUGGACAACCAAAUUUUGUGAUUGUAGAAGUAUAUGUAGUUGCAUUUACAUACAAUGAAUUGUGUCUCUUUCCAAUGAAUGAAUAACCAUUCAUUUUUAUCGAUUUGUUUUGAUAAAGGCUCACAUUUUAAAUUUUGCCUGUUGUUUGUGAUGUUCAAAAUUCAGAAUUUUAUUUAUAAGGGCCAUUUAUCUAGAAUCUAAUCUGUGCUGAAAUGGGAGAGUGAUAGAGGAUUGUGUACCGUAUAUUGCAAGUUGAUGGCUACAAAUUCUAUUGUGAAUCUAUCUUAAAGACUGCAAGAGUUUAUUUAUUUCUAAUGUGUAAUUUAAGAAAUGGGCAUGUAAUUCUUCUAUCAAGUUGGUGUUUUGUGUGUUAAUCAGCUAAAUUUCUGAUGGCAUAUAUAUAUAUGUGAUGUUACAUUUACUUGAGCGUUUUUUCUCAGGCAGUUUUCUUUACCAUUGUAUGUCCAUAAGUUUUUUCUGUUAUAUUUUUCUUUCUUUUUUCUAUUUUUUUCACAUCUUUCACUGCCUUGAAUUUUAUUUUAUUGUGACAGAACAUUCUGUAAGUGCCACUUAAAUCUCACACCUUCACAUUAUUUCUCCUCGUUUUUAUGUCCAAUUAUGUUUGUAUAAUCAAUUGGUUGUGCCUAGGAGAUAACGUUAGCCUUUUUUAAGUUGUUUUUGGUCGAAGACUUGCGUGGAGCAGAAGUAGCAUGUGUAGGGUAGGAAAGUUUCUGGUUUUGUUUUAAGAUAUGACUACGCCUGUUUGCAAGUUCAAAUACUUUGGGUUAUUUGAUGUGUUGGACCAUGUUUGGCUACUCUUUUCUGAUCUCCACUGAUGAGUGGUUUGUUGUACAGUCUAUCAAUCAAUUAUUGGACACAAUACCGCUCUUUCAUACUUUCUGCUUAAACCACACAUAUGAGUUUCUCUAUAAUUCAAAAGGGUUAGUAGUCUGCGGCUUAUAAUGUUUGCUAAUCUAAUUUUGAUCGUGGUGAAAAAACUAAGUGGGUAUGUUGUAUGCAUCAGAUUUUAUUAAGUCUGCCAUUUUUUUAAAAUCAUCUUGAACCUCUAAUAAGGGUCUAAUUAGGGUCUGUAUCAGAUUCUGACGUUGCCACUGUUGAGUGAGUGUCUGUUAUUGAAUAUGUCAAUACACUCACACAGAACAUGCAAGUUACCAUUUGAGAAAUGUUUCAGUAUUUAUCCUGUUGUUUUUUCAUCUAUAAAAAGGUUCUAUGACAAAAAUGGUUUGUGCCAUUCCUUGAUAUAGGGGUGUACCCUGCAUAAUUAUAGUGAAUGUUUAAACAUGGUUGCUAUGGAGAGAGCAUGUGUGAUUCAGUCAAAUUAUUGACAAAUUACCAAAAGUAAGAAACCUGUCAUAUAAUUGUAUUUGUUAUCUGCAUAAUCCAAUCCUGUUUCAACUCCUCUCUGGUUGUUGAUAUAUCUUUGAUUUCGUCCUUGAAUUUGAUCAUGACUUAUUGAUUAUAUACAACCUCAUUCAUUUUCAAUAAUUAUGGUUUUGUAAUUAACAAGUUUCCUUAUCCAAAUAAUUUGUCUGUGUUUUGUUCAUAUCUGAAGCAAGUGUAAUGCUUAAAAAAAUACAUUGUGGUAUGGGUAUGAUCAUUUUAUUGCAUUACAAGCAUAAUAUACAAUGCAUAAUAACAAGGAUAGCUUAUGUGCAAUUUUUUUAAAUCCUUAUAGGGCUCGUGAAUGUACAAAGUUUUCUUUUUUGUUUCAAUGUGCUUGAAGUGAAUUUACUCACAAGCAUCUAAGAAAGACUGAUUUGUAAUGUUUGUUCUCUGUUUUCAAGUUAACACUCUACAUGCAUGUACAAGGUGCAUUUGAUUAAUGAUAAACAAAUGAUUAAGUCUCACCAAAAACUUUUUUUGUUUCAUCUGACAGAAUGUUUUAGUAUUUCUUUUUGAAUGUAGUGGUAAUUUGGACAAUAAAACCACUUGACAAAUUUA